AUGAGGAAAAAGGGAUAUAUAAAAAAUUUUGAAAUGGAAGAAAUUAUAUUUACAUUAUUAAGUUGUUUAGAUGAAGAUAAGAAAUUAAACUACGAAAUAGUGAACACUCUUAAAAUGUACAUUAUGUAUCAUAAGAGUGAAAUAUUAAAUUAUGUGUUUUCAUUUCUCCAAAUUCAAAAGGUUAGUCAUGAGAAUCAAAAACUGUUAUUGUUAUUAACAUACGAUUUUGUUCAUUAUUGUAUAUAUGAUAACUUUAGUGGCGUUGUUAAUAAAUAUUUUGAGGAAGAAGAUAAUAGUGAUAAUAUAAAAGUGGAAGAAAAAGAUAUAGGAGGAAGAGAAGACGAUCAAUAUGUAGACAUAAAGAUAUUUGACAAUAUUUUAAAAUAUACAUUUUUUGAUGGGGACAAGUAUUGUUUUGUAUAUGAUUAUGAAUUGAAAAAAAGCUCUAGUAUGAUAAAUGAAAGAGGUGAGAAUAAUUUAUAUGAAAAUAAAUAUGAACAUAAUAAUAACAAUCUGAAUAGUUAUAAUAAUUAUUGUGAGGAUUAUAAUAAAUGUCAUAGUAACAUAAAUCAUAACCAUAGUUACGUUAAAAGAGAUAGUAAUGAUUAUAACACAUUACGAAAUAAAGAAGAUAUAAAUGAUCAAAGUAUUUUUUGUUAUGAUAAAAUUGUUAAUAUGAAAACAUUAAAAAAAGAAGAAUAUAAGCAUUUUUUAAUUGAACAAAAAAACUUUGCUAUUAAUUAUUUCAAAAAAGACCAGAUUUGUGAAACCAAUUUGGAUUCAUUUGAUAAUAUAGAAGAUAUUAAUAUAAAGAAAAAUAAGAAAAAAUCGGAAAUAAAUAAUAUUAUUAAGAAUAUAAUAAAUUUUAUAUUAAAGGAAAUGUUAUAUAUAAAAAAGAAUGACGAGAGGCACAAAAUAAUGACAAAUUUAUUGAUAUUAUGUAUAAUAAAAGAAGACAAUUAUUUGAAAAAGAAAAUAAUAGAGAAAAUACGUUAUUAUAAAGAUAUUAAUAGUAGUAAUAAUAAUAUAAACCCUACUACUGAUAGUAGUAAUAAUAAUAAUAAUAAUAAUGGAACAAAAUUGAAUACUUAUAUAUAUAUCGAUUUAUAUAAAGAAAUAUUCAUGAAAUCUCCACACUUAACAAAAAAUGUGUUAGGAGAUAUUUUCAAAAGUAUGCUUAGUUUAGACAAUAACAAACAUAUAGAUAUAAUGUUUGAAAUAUUUUUAAAAAUUUUUCAAGAUGUUCAAUUCCCAUCUGUAUUAUAUAGCAUCAUAUAUAUGAAUAAGAAAUAUAGAAAAAAGAAUUUCAUUAUAACAAAUAAAAAUAAUACUAAUGUAUAUAUUGAAAAUGACGUUAUUCAAUUGUCACUAGAAAAUACCAGUGAAGAUACCUUUACGACAAAUACUAGAGAAUCUUCUUUAAAUUCUGGUAUGAUAAAUGAUAUGAGGCAUAGUAGUAAUAAUAAUGCUGAUGAUAAUAAGAGUGAUGAGCAUCUUAUAUAUAAGGAUGUACAUGAUGAAAAAAAUAUAUAUAUAUAUGACGAGAUGUAUACAAAAAAUAAAGAAAAUGAAAACAUAAUAUAUAAAUCUAAUAUAAUUGAUAAGAAAAGGUGUGAUAUUAAUUCACAAAUAGAUAAUGGUAAGGACAAAUUAGAUGUUGAAAAAUAUAAAUGUUCAAAUAUAAAAAAUGAUGAAAAUAAUAAAGGAAAUGAAAAAAAGAAAAUACAUAAUAUAAAUAAAAAAGAAUAUAUUGAUAAUAAAGAGAGUGAAAGAAGUUUAUCAUUGAACAUAUAUGAAAUGGAUAAAGAAAAAAUAAAUGAUAUACAUAAAAUAACAAAGAAAUAUUUAGAUAUAUAUUUUAAAAUAAGUAUGAGUAUGAAAUAUACAAAUGAAAAUUAUAUAAAAAUACUUUAUAUAAUAUCGAAAUUAUUAUUAUAUAUAAAUAAUGAAGAAUAUAUAAAAAAGACAUUUGAAGUAUAUAUAUAUUAUUUUUUAAUAUUUUUUAAUUCUACAAUAGUAAACAAUUAUAAUACCUAUAAUAUGGAGAUACAUGAUACUUCAUGUAUAUAUAAUAAUGAUUCUCAAAUAGAUAUCAAUUAUAUAAAUUUAAAAAAUCUACCUAAUUAUAUCAUAAUAAAUAGUUUUAGAAUCAUUUUACAAAGUUGUCUAAAUAAGGUUCAUUUGAUAGUAGUAUUUACAAAUAAUAUAUUGAAGAUAUCUUAUGCAUUAUUAUAUAUAUUAAUAAAUAAAAAUGUAAAUAUAACAAAUUCUGGUAGUAUUAUUGAGGUUAUAACAUCUAAUGAUUAUAUAAGUACAUUUAUUGAAAUUAUCGAAAUAUUUAAUAUCUUUAUAUCGUGUAUAUAUACCAAUAAUUCAGUAGUACAUUUUUUAAAAGAGAAAUGUAAAUCAAAUAACAAAAUUGAUAUAAUUGCGUCAUUAAUUAUUUUGAAACAAUAUAUUGUAUUAAUAUCGAAUGAUUUUAGUAGUGAUAAUAUAAUAUACAAUAUAUCUAACCAGAAUAUGAAAAUAAAUGAAAGGAAUGAUAAGAAAAAAGGUUCAAGGAAAUAUAAAAAGUGUUUUAAAAAAUUAAAUAGUUAUAUUGAUACAUAUCAGAAUAAUACAAACAUUGAACUUAUUAUUCAAAUAGUACAUAGCUUAUUGGAAAAAUAUAAUACUGAUUUGAACAUUAUUUAUAUGUUAUUAGAGAUUAGUUUAUUACUUUCUUAUCAUAACUAUUUUAAUUGUUUUUCUUAUAACCCUAAUGCGAUUUUUAGUUUAUUGCAGAAGGAUAGUAGUCCUUUGUUGGUUCUUUAUGAAAAUGUGCAUAUAAGAGAGGGAGAAACAUAUCAAAGAAAUGAAGCAACAGAUAAUGAAUUGGAUAAUAAAAAGGGUGAUAUAAUAAAAGAUAAUGUAACAAAUGAAGAAGGGAAUCAUUCCGAUUCAUAUCCUUAUGGUAGCUCUUUUAAUUUGGAUAGAAAACCUAAGAAUAUGUAUGAAGACAUAUACAAAGAGAAAGAGUUUGUUAAGACAGGUUGUUCAAAUGUAGACAUGAAGAAAAAAAAAAAUGAUAUAAUAAAUGAUAGUUAUAAAAAAAAUGAAUUUUAUGAGGAUGAUAGAAUAAAUAUGAUAUAUGAUGAAGAUGAAAUAAAGACUUGGUUUCUUAUACCAAAUAAAUAUGUGAUAAAUAUAAUAUAUUUAUUUUUAAAUAUAUUAUUAACUGAUGAAUCUAAUUUUAAAUUAAAAAAUAAGAAGACUGGAUAUUUUGUAAAUGACGAAAUAAAAGGAAGCAUUUAUGAAUUUAAUAAUGGUGUGAAAGAAAUAUUAAAGAAUGGAAAGAAGUAUAAUAAACUUUUAUAUGAUAUACAUUCUCAUUAUUUUAUGUAUAUGUGUCCAUCUGUGUCAUAUAUGAAAAAAUUAAUAGUAUUAGCUUUCCAGUGUAAUUUUUCUUUAUAUUCUCCUAGGAUAUUAUAUCCUUUAUUAUUUGAAUAUAUAGUAAAUAUAAAGAAUAGUUAUAAGAUAAUAUUAUUAUUGUUGAAAUGUUUAAAUAUAAUAUGUAUAUCAUUAUGUAAUUAUAUGAGUAAAAGUAAUUUAAAAAUACAUUCAAGACUUCAUUUUAAUUAUUUGGCUUUACCAAAUAUAAAUAAAAUUAUAUCAGUAUUGUUUAUGUAUGGUUUCCAUCCCAACUUUGCUGUUUCAUUUUUAAGUUUACAACUUGUAUCUAUUCUGAUAUACUUUACACAGAAUAGAAGUAUGCGUUUUAUUCAUAACAGUUUAUAUUACAAGACGGUGCUUCUUGUUUUAUUUCUACACGAUAAAUUGAGGAGGAUGAAAAGCGGGGUGGGAUCUAAUCAGAAGGUAUCAAAAAAUGAAGAAAUGAUGAACAAGAAGAGAAAGAAUAAGAAAAGGGGGAAAUUUUCGAAAGGUAUUUUUUUCGAAUCGUCAAAGUAUAAUAAAGAAAAAAAAAUUAUGGAGGAAAUAAAUAAGGAUAUCAAAAAGAAAAAGAUGAGGAACAAAAAAAUAUUUGGAAAAAAUGAAAAGCUAAAGAAAGCACAAUAUUACAAACAAAUGAUCUUAUUAAGUUAUAAAAAAAUAACUCAGAGGAUUAGUAAAAAAUUGAUUAAUACAUAUCUGCGUGGUUUUUCAGUAUAUAAACAAGAUAAUUUGAAUAGAAGAAAGAAGAGAAAGAUAAAUAAAUUUAUAAAAAGAUAUUUUCAUGUGGAUAUGUUGGAAAUUAAUGAAUUUCUGAGGAAUCAUGAUCCGUUAUGUCAUGACCCAUACAAUUGUAUAGAGGUUGAAAGGGUUAAAAUUUAUAUUGAUGAUAAGAAUAAAAAGAAAAAAAAUAACAACAAUAAUGUUGACAAUGAUGAUAAUGAUUAUAAUGAUGAUGAUUAUAAUGAUAAUAAUAAUGAUAGUAAUAAUAAUAAUAAUAAUCAUAGUAAUAACCAUAGUAAUAACCAUAGUAAUAACCAUAGUAAUUAUAAUUCUUACAAUUAUGACCAUAGUAGUAUACAUCAAUGUUUGGUUUUCCCAAUGAUAGAAUCACUACCCACUUUUUAUAUUACAGACAUCUUGGAGUUAUUCCAUAAAAUUUUUCUGAAUUAUAUAAAAAAAGAAAAAAAACACAUUUAUAAUUUCCAGACUUAUAUUACAACAUUUUUUUUUACUUUAUUAGAGAUGUUAAAAAAUAUACAGAAUGAUAAAGAGUAUGAUAACACAUUAUUUAAUAUAGGAAUUAUAAAUAUGAUGUGUGUAACUGUUAAAUUUAUGAAGGAAAGAUGUCCUAAUAAGCUCAUUAGUAUUUUUUUUAAGCUACUUGAAGAGGUCCCCUUAGGAGAAGAGGAAGAUAAAGUUGUGACUUUAUAUAACAACUAUUCUUACAUUUAUCGAACUCACUUUUUUAAUUUAUAUAAAGAUAAAUGUACUACAUUAUAUACGAAAAAUUGUAUGGAAUAUAUAAAAAUGAUGAGAAAUAAUAUAUGGCUAAAUAAAAAAAAAAAUGAUAGCCAAGUAGAUUUUAAUAACUUUAUUAUAUUAUCUAAUAUGUAUAAUAAUAGUGAUACAUUCAAAAAAAAAAACAUCCAAAAUGUUUUGCAAUAUUUAAAUGAUUAUCAACAAGUGUAUAAAAAAAAUGUGUUCCAUAUUUUUAAUACGUAUAUAUCAAAUGUGCAGAUCAAUAAGGCGAUGGAAAAUGAUAUGUAUAGGAAAGAAAGAAAUAAAAGAGAGAAUGACAAUACAUAUGAAAAGAUUAAUACGUGUGAUCAAAAUAAUCUAGAUCAACCGAUAUAUAAAAAUGUGGAUGAAUUAACAACGAAGAGACAUGCAUUGGAUAAUUCAUCAAUAAAUAGUUUACAGUCUAGAUAUGUUUCACGCCAUAAUAAUAAAAAGGUUAGAAUAUACGACAUAGAAAAAAUAGGAAAUAAAUUAGAUACAUCAAAUCAAGUAGCAAUGAAAUCACUUUAUUUUUUAUUUGAAGAUAAAUUGGGUUCCUAUAUUUUACAGAAUGAUAUGAAUUUUUCUAUAACAAAAAAUUAUAAACAAGAGAUAGCAUCUUAUUAUAUUCAAUCAUUAUUAUAUGAGAAGAAUUUUUUUCAGGUACUUUUUUUGUUAAACAAUAUAUAUUAUUCCGAUGUAGCCAAUAAGAAAAGUGGAGCCUUUUCAUUAUUUGGAAAAUCAAAUAAUGUAAUACAUGCAGAAAAUAUAAGAAAUACAUUAAUAUUAAGUAUGGGUUUAUGUAUGAAGAAAAUAAAUUCUCAUAAAUUUAAUCAUUUAUAUAAUAUAAGAGAAACAUAUGUAAGUAAGGAGAUAUUUCAUAUAUAUUUAGAAAAGAUAUAUUUGAAUAUCGCCAAAGAGAAUGAAAAUUUUGAAAAUAUUUUAUUUGAUAAAAAUGAUUCCGUUGGCAUAAUAUCGAGUGAAAUAUUAAAUAAGAUAAAAGGCAAUAAGCAAAAAUAUGUGAAGACAAAUUAUAGGGACCAGAUAAAUUUAUAUAUAAAAAUUAAAAACUUAUUACUGUCAAGUAUUCAUAUAAGUAAUAAUAAUUCUUCUGAGUCUAAUAAACUAAACGUAGAGGGUCAAAAAUAUGAAGAUAGUGUAAAAAGGACAUUAUCAAUUAUGAGGAUAAUUACAAAUACUAAUAUAAAUAACGAAGGCAUGGAAAAUAAUAAGCAAUCAAAAAAUAAUUGUAAUAGUAAUGAUGGUAUUAAAAAGGGGGUGGGUUAUAAAAAUGAUGAUAUAAGUAUCACAAAUGAUAACAAAAAGGAUGUUUCCACCAUGUCUAACAACAACAAUAAUAAUGAAAAAAAUAAUAAAAAUAAUAAUAAUAAUAAUAAUAAUAAUAAUGAUAAUAACAAUAUUGUUGUGAAUUCUGAUUAUAUUCCAAAUAAUGGUUUUACUACAAACAGUACUUGUAGUAAAUCAUCAAACGGUAACGAUAAACUUAUGGGUAGACAAAAAGAAGAAAUUGCUCAUAUAUAUAAAUACAUGUCUAAAGAAAAGCUUCAUUUUUUUCUUCUACAAUUAUUAGUAGAUCCAAUAUUGGGUUCACUUUAUCAAGAAAAAGAAAGUGUGUUACAGUCCAGUUUGUUGAAAUCAUUAAGAAUGAUAUCUAAAAGGUUAAAGAGAAUAAAAUGGAUAGGGCUAAAAAAUGAUAAAUAUAAUAAUAUGAAAAAGGACGAUUUAAUAAAAAAUAAUAGAAUAGUAAAUAAUGAGAACAAAAAUAAUAUGUUUGAAAAAAAUUAUUCGUCUGAAAUCUUAAAUUAUAUUGAUAUAAAUAAUAAACGUUGUAUUUUAAAAGAUAUAUGUGAAGAUUAUUUAAAAGAAAAUUUGAGUAAUGUAAAGAAUUAUUCAUGUUUGUAUAUAUAUAAAUUUAUAAUAAUAUAUUCUUCUUUAUAUUAUUUAUCCAGUAUUGAUAAUUUAAUAUUCCCGAUAAGCAAUACAACAAAUGACAUAUCUAAUGUGUCUUUAGAAAAAUUUGUGAUAUAUUUUAAGUUUUUUUAUAGGGGAAUCAUAAAUAAAAGUGAAUAUUAUUUUAAGGAGGAAAUUAUUAAGAAAUAUAGUGAGGAUGGUCAAAACAGUAAUGAUGACUAUACGAGAAUAAAUAAUAAUAAAAGUGGAAAUAAUAAUAAAAGUGGUAAUAAUAAUAAAAGUGGUAAUAAUAAUAAAAGUGGAAAUAAUAAUAAAAGUGGCAACAACAAUAAUAAUAAUAAUAGUAAUAAUAAAACGAUAAGGGAAAAUAUGGAUAGGUUACAUCAAUUAAAUGCAAACAUAAAUUUGGAAAAAGAAUUUUAUUAUAUCAAAUUGAUUGUUGAAUUAGAUAAAAAAAUGAAUAUAAAACAUCUGAAGAAGUUAUCAAAUAAUUUGAUCUUAAAUGAUUAUUUUUCUGAAUUAUUAGUACAGCAUAAUGGCAACUCAAAUAAUAUAGAAGAAACAAAAGCAUAUAAUAAUUAUAAUAAUUAUAACCCUGUAGAUAUAAAUAAGGAAUCAUAUGAAAUUCUGUUACAUGCUUUAAAGACUAUAUAUAAUUCUUUAUAUAUACGGCAUCCUUUAAAUUUUCAAUAUAUUUUUAUUAUUGUAGAUGUACUUAUCGGCUUGUUCUUAAAAAUUGUAUUGAACGAGAAGAAAAAGAUAUAUCAAGAAUUUCAAAAGAAUUAUAAAGGGUGUAGUAAUAAAGAAGAUGAACGUGUGGAAAAUUCGGAAGGUAUUGCGAAUGUAGUAUCGAAAAGGGGAGAGGAAAAUAUGAGAGAGAAAAAAAGAAAUAAUAAAAGGACUAAAUAUAAGGUGCAAGAAAAAAAAGGAGAUGUUCGUUUGGAUAUGUAUAAAUAUAAAACUAUAAGGAAUGACAAUGAUAUAUAUAAUGAUGAACACAAACAUAAUAAUAAUGACAAUAAUGAUAAUGAUGAUAAUAAUAAAUUGGGUAUAUAUAAUAUAACACAUAAUAAUAUUUUAAAAGAUAAUAAAUUGAAAGCAGCAUGCAAAUGUAAUGGUGAUAUGUAUACGCAUUCAAAAAAGAAGAAUAAGAAGAGUAAGGGAAAAAAAAAUAAUAAAAAUAAAUCAUCAUAUAUAAAAUUAAAAAAAUACAAUGAAUCAAGUUUUAUUAAUAAUAUAAUAUUUGAUAAUUUAAAUAAAUAUGAUAAAAUUUCCAUAUCAUGUUUAAAUUUAAUUAUAUCUAUAAUUGUGCGACUUGUAUUGGAUAUAAAUUGUUUUUUCUUCUUGUCCAAAAUAAUUAAAUAUAUACAUGACCUUUGCAUAUCUACAAAUAUAUGUGAAGUGAAAUUCUUAUCAUUUCGUAUGGUACUUCAAAUGAUAGUAAAUUCUAGAUCCAUUAAAAUGAGACAUGUAAAAAGAGUAAGUUCUCAGGAGGAAUAUAAUAACAAGGAUUCAUUUUACUCAAGUGUAAAAGAGGGGGAGAAAAAAAAAAAGGAAAAAAUAAAAGAAAUAAAUUUAAUAAAAGAAGAAAAAUAUAAAGAAGAUAUAUCAAAUGAAGAACAAAAUAAUAAUACCAGUUUAUUAUCAUAUGAUUCAUCCAAUUUUGAGAGAUAUUUUAGUUUGCUUUUUUCACCCAAUUCUAGUGUAUCUUAUGGCACUCUUUUUGAUUUAAAGAAUGGUCAAAAAGGGAAGGUGGAAAAUAAGUCUAAUGAUAAUAAUGAGAGAAAUAAUAUGAGUAAGGAAACGGAUUUGUAUGAUAAUUCUGUGGCUGAUAUGACAAAAGGGAAUAGGAUCACAGGAUUGGAUGAUCAUAAGAAUUGUACACCAAAAUAUAACAACAACAAUAAUAAUAGUAAUGGUAAUAGUAAUGGUAAUAGUAAUAGUAAUAGUUGUAGUUUUGUUGGGGGGUAUAAUAAAAAGGGUAAAGUAGAUAUGAGGGGACAAAUGGAUAAAAAUGAUAUGUAUGAUCAAAUAAAGGAAGAAAAUCAUUAUCUAUGUGAGUGUAUUGGAUUAUUAAUACCUUACAUGAAAGAUAAACAAAAAAUAAUAAGUUUCUUCAGUAUAUGUUGUAUUAUGACAUUAUUAGGAAAAUUAAACAACGUGUGUAUUAUAAAUAAGACACAUUUUAUAUAUUUUUUUUUAAAUAAUUCUUUGCAUGAUAUUCUAAAUAUAUUUAAUGAGUUAAGGGAUAUGAGCUUAACAAAAAAAGGGAUUAAAGAAAAAAAUAAUAAAAAGAUAAAAAAAAAGACUUGUUCGAAUAAAGGUACUAUUAAUAAGAUAUCGAAGAAAGAGAAAUCAGAUAAGGUGCACCAUUCGGAAGAUAUAAAAUUUGGUUCUACAGAGGAUAAAUAUGACAAAGAAGAAAUACAAAAAAUGAAUAAAAAGGAAUCUAUAAAUGGUAAUAUGCAUAAAAAUGAUAAUAUAUGUACUGGCGAAGAAAAAAUAAAUUAUUCUUAUAAAAAUAGUGAGAGCAAAAAAAAGAGAGUCAAUAAGAUUAAUAACAAGAGAAACAACAAGAACAAAAAAAAAGAUGAUAAUAUGAAUUUUAUUUCGUGUGAUAUGAUUAAAAAAGGAGGUAAAGGAAAAAAUGGAUUUAUUUAUAAUUUUUCUUAUCGAAAUGUAAGAAAAAAUUUAUAUAAUAUAGAAUUUGAAAAGAAGUUUUAUCGAAAAUUAAAUAGAAAAAUAUAUGAGAUAAAUAGUAACAAAUAUCAAGAGAAGUUUAUAAAAAAGUUAGGUAUGUUUAAAAAAAAAAAUAAUAAUAAUAAUAACAAAGGGGAGAUGAAUAUAUACAAAUUGGUUAAUGAUAUAAUUAUUGAAGAUUUUUUACCUGAUGAAAAACAUUCAUACGUAAAUACAUUAUUAUGUUGUAUACAUAAUAAGAAUAAACAUAUAUCUAUGAAUGGGUUAUAUUUCCUUAUGUAUUAUAUCCUAAAGGAGGAGUUUGAUAUUGGAAGUAUAAAACUUCUAAUGAAUAGAAUUUUUGACGAAUUGUUUUAUUAUACUAAAAGGAAUAUAUUAAAUGAGAAAAGUUUAAAAAGGAGACAAAAGAGUGAAGAACAAGAAAAAAAUAAUAAUAAUAAAAUAAAGAGUAAUGGCAACAGUAAUAGUAAUAGUAAUAAUGAUGAUGGUGAUGAAGAUGAUGUAAUAGAUGCAUAUAAUAAAGAUCACCCAAAACAAAACAAAUUAAAUAAUACCAUAGGGGGAUAUUAUAAUAUUAUGGAUAAUAAUAUGAAGAAAAAAAGUGGAGGGAAAAACGAAAUAAAUACAGAUAUAAGACAAAAAAUAAAAAAUAUGGAUAUAAAAAAAAAACAAAGAAAGAAUAAGAAUAUUUUGGACAUGUCUCUAAAUCUGAUAUUUUUAUUAUGUCGAAAUAACUUUUAUGUUAUGUUAAAUAAAAUAUGUAUGUUACAAUCUAAAUAUAACUAUGAACAUAUUUAUUUUAUUUAUAUGAUAUGUAACAAUAAAAAAAUGUUAAUUAAAACAUUAGAUUAUUUAUUUUAUAUAUUGAAUAAUCAUCACAAUAUUAAAUUGAAUAAUAAUUUGAGUAAUAUAUUAUCCUUAUUAUUUCAUUUUCUAAAGUUUAGAAAUAUACAUGUAAGGAACUAUGGCCAGGAAUAUUUUAUCGAACUAUAUUUGAUUCUAUACUAUGUAUUAGGAGUAAGGCAGUUAUCACAUUUAUAUAAUAAUACAAACAAUAGUAUGGGUACUAAUAUGAAUAAAAAAAGGCAUCUAUUUCAUAAUUUUGAUAAGGUACAUUUAUUAAAAUAUAAAAAGGAAAAUAAUAAAGUUGUAAUUACAGAAGAAGAUGAAGAAGGAGAAGAAAAGGGUAUGGAAGGAAAUAUUAUAGAUAUAAAUAAAAGUAAAGAUAUGACUAAAAAUAUGGAGAUUGAUCAAAAUAUUGAACCUGAUAAUAAGUAUGAUAAAAUAAGAAAUGAUAUGGAUGCAAUAUAUAUGGCAAUAGAUAAAGAUGAAGAAAAAGAUAAUAUGGGUAUAAUAAAUAGUAUGCGUUAUUUUAAUUUGUAUAAAAAUUAUAUUAACAUAUCGAAUGAAUGUAAUAAUAGGGAGUAUAAUUUGAAUGAAUUAUAUAUGGAAGAUACAAAUAAAAAUAUAAAAGGACCUGAAAAUAAUCACAAUCAUUAUGAUGAUAAUAAUAAUAAUAAUAGUAAUAAUAAUAGUAGUAGUCAUAAUAAUACUGGUGGGUGUUUUUUUUUUAAUGUAGACAAGGAUUUAUUUUUUUCUACAAAACAAAACAUAUUUCAAUGUAAAAAUAUAGAAACUGUAUGUAAGAAUGAAUAUAGCAAAAAAAUAUAUAAUAAUUACACGUGCAAUAUAAGCGUGAAUAAUACUUUAAAUUGCUUAAAUAUAAUAAAGGAAUUAAUAAAACUGAAUAAUAAAAAGAAAAUAUUAAAUUACUAUGAAUAUCAUAAAGUGGAAAAAUUAUUAUAUUAUAGACAUUCCUUUGAAAAUGGUUUAAUAAAAUUAAUAUAUGUAUUUUUAAAAGAAAUUGAUUGUAUACAAGUAUUUAAAAUUUUGAAUGUUUUUCUUAUAAGUGAUAAUAUAAAUUAUAUCAUAGUUUCUCUUAUUAUUUUAUCUCAGAUAUUAUUAUGUAUAAAAAUUAAUGAAGAGAGUAUGAAAAUAAUACAACCACUUAUUGAAGUAUUAUAUUCUAUAAAUAAAAGAAAAUACAAUCAUAUAUUUAUUACAAAAUAUCUGCACAUAUCCUUUAGGAAUUUUUUUCUUAUUUUUAAAUAUAUUUUUAUGUAUCAGUCAUAUAAAACAACAGAACCGUUUUCUUUGUUUAUGAAGGAGGAGUAUAUGUUGAACAUAUUAAAUUCUUUGUUUAAAAAUUUAGAUAGUACUGAUAACAGUUAUACAAUAAGGGAAACGUUAAAGUGUUUAAAAGAGUUGUGUAAAUAUGAGAGUGAUUGUUGGCCUUCAACUUCAAUGUAUUUAUCCUUUCAGAAAAUAUUAAGUGAUAACAAAAUGAUUCAAAUAUAUUUAAAUAGCGAUGAAGUUAUGAAUAGAAUAUAUAUUUGUAAGAUAAUGUGUGAAAUGUAUAGAACGCUUAGGAGGGAGAAAGAUAAAAGGAUCGAUAUGGGGGUAUCAUUAAAUGGUGAUAUAAUAAAAAGUGAGGAGGAAAAUAAGAAAAAAGAAAGAAGAAAAAAGCAGAAAGAAAAAAAAAUGAGAGGAAAAAAUAGGAAAAUAAAAAAGAGUUUCUACGAAACGAUUACAUAUUUAUUUAUCCAUUUAAUGGAUAAGAACAGAAGAGUAUCUAAACAUGUAUGGUUAGCUUUAAAGGAAUUAAUCAAAUAUAAAUUUUAUGAGGAUAAUGUGAAGGAUAUUUUAAAAUAUUUUGACGAUAAAAUUUUUGAAAUAACAAAAAAAACAAAUAUGAAGAUACAAGAGGAGCAACAUUCUGUUUUUGUUAAAAAGGAAUAUUUUGGAAAUAUUGAAAAAAAAGAUGAAAUGAUAAAAAUAAGAAGAAAAAAAAAAAAAAAAGAUUCAGAAAUUAAAAAUAAUGGUAUGUAUAAUAAUAGAGAAUAUAAUAUAAAGAAGAGAAGAACGAUUGAUUAUGAAAAUAUACAAAUAAUGAUAACAACAGAUGAAAGUGAUAAUAAAGAAUCUGAGUGUAGUUCUAGGAAGGAUGUUAAAAGGCAAAAAAUUAAUAUAUAUUAUUAUAAGUUAUUCAUUGAGAUGUUUAUACCUUUAUUAAUAUGUGUAGAUACAAAAGAAUGUUACAAUAAUAUUAAUAAUAAUUGCAAUGGUUUAAAAUUAUUGUUUGUUGAAUUGACAAAAUAUUUGUAUAAUAAUGACAUGGACUUUAAACAAAGAAAAAAUCGUUUAAAAUAUGAGUCUAUAAAAAAUGACGAAUUAUAUAACAUUUUCUUUAAAUACCUAAAGUUAGAUUUAAAAAAUAUAAAUAAUUUAUAUAGAGCAUAUAUAAUAUUAUUACAUAGUAGGAUUUAUUUUGAUAAAAAAUUAUGGAAUGUUAAAAAUGUACAAGUUCGUGAAGAGGUUAUAAAAAUGAUAAAUGAAUAUGAGAUGAAAAAUACUAAAUCUCGAGCAGAGCAUGUUUUAUUUGGAGAUUUAAAAAGGAAGGAUAUAUCAUGUGAGGAGAUAAAAAAUAUAAAUAAGAAUAAUAUAAGAAAAGGUAACAUAGAAAAGAGUAAUAUAAAAAGGAAUGAUACAAAUAAGAGUUAUAUAAAAAGGAGUUAUACAGAUAAGAGUAAUAUAAAAAGGAGUUAUACAGAUAAGAGUAAUGUAAAAAGUGAUUAUAAUAUUAUCUCUAAUAAUAAUAUUACUAGAAGUUUUACAGCUACAUUAACUGACUCUAUAUUCAAUACCUUAUCUGAAACAUUGAAUUAUUCAUAUGAUAAUUUUUUCUCAAAUGUUGAUAAUAUUAAGAUCAAGAAAAAUGAGAUUAAUAAUGUAACAGAUGUUGAUUAUGGAAAUAAAAAGGAAUACCAUGGAAAUUAUUUGAAGGUUAAACAAAAUAAGGUUAAUGAAGAAUAUAUAGAAGAAACGUUUAAGAGUGAUAAGGAUUGUUCAGUAAAAGAAGAGGCAUGUACAAUAAGAACACUAAGUGAAUCUUCUAAUAUCUCUGAAAAUAUUUCUAAUAGUGAUAUGGAUGAAGACCAUAUGUCACAUACUAAUGGAAAGUAUGUGCAUGAUAAUAAUUAUAUGAAGAAGAAUCAUAUGAACUAUGAUAAAAUGCGUGUAAAAAAAAAUAAAAUUGUUAAUUCUAUUCAUUUUGAUAAGAUUUUGGCAGAGCAAAAAAGGAGUGACAAGGAUAUGUUUUCAUCAAAAUGGUUAGAGAGGGAAAAGAAUGAAUAUAUGAAUGGUAAUAUUGAUGUUCAUAGAAGAGAUCAUAUUGAUGGUCAUACGAAUGAAUAUGAUGGAGAUAUAUAUUAUAGCAAUAAUAUAUAUAACGUACGUGAUAACAACACAUAUGAUAUGUUAUAUCAUCCUUUUGUAUCUUCUAUACAAAUUAACAAUGAAAAUUAUAACAUAUUUAUUUCAAGCAGUGAAGAGGAGGAAGAAUAUGACGAUAAAAUAUACGAAGAAGAUGAUGAAAAUAAAAGCAAAAAUACACUUAUAACGGAUAAAUAUAUUGAUGAUAAGAAUAGAGAAGAUAUAACAAACAACUAUCCAGAUAAAGAAUUUAUUAAAAGGAAAUUAAAAAAAAUCCAACUAUUGAAUAAGAGAUAUAAUUUUGUUGAUCAUUUUAGAAAUGUACAAACUUUUAAAACCAAAGAAAAUUUAUUAUAUUGGAUAGAGAUGUUAAAAUUUUUAAGAGAAAAUCCACAAGAGAUAAGUGACUUAUUUUCAACAAGAGAAAUUCAAAAGGUCAAUGUAGCAGAUUUUUUUGAAGCAUCUUUAAUGUGUGCAUUAACUGUAAUAAAGUUUGUAUCCUUAACGAUUAAUUGUAAAAAAUUAUAUAAGCAUACAUUAAAAUGUGGUAUUAAUAAAGUAAACAAUGAUAUAAUAAAUGAAGAUAAUAUAUCAGAUGUAAAGGAACAAGAAAUAGAAGAAAUGUAUUUUAUACAUACAUUAAUUAUAUCAACAAAAUUAGAAGCAUUGUGUUCUUCUAUUAGUAAACAAUUAUGUACAUAUCUAGAAAAUGAAAAAACGGAAUUGCACAUCCCUAUUAUAAAAUCGUUAUCUAUAUUGUCUAUACUCAAGCCGUCCACCUAA